AUGUCGAGAUAUAAAUGGAGAGACCUUCUCGACAUAAACUCAAAGACUAAGGCUUACUGUUCGCCCCUGUCGUGCAUCGCACACAUCGACAUCAACGCAUUUUUCGCCCAAGUGGAGCAAAUAAGGCGUAAUUUUAGCGUUGAUGAUCCAGUUGUAUGCGUACAAUGGAACUCCAUUAUUGCCGUAUCAUAUGCAGCUCGUAAAUAUGGCAUCACCAGAAUGGAUUCCGUCUUUGACGCUUUCAAAAAGUGUCAAAACCUCGUUCCCGUGCACACUGCCGUGUUUCGCAAGGGAGAGGACUUUUGGCAGUACCGCGACGAUUGUGGGUCGUGGUACACCGAAGAGGAGAAGAUGCUUACCCCCGAGAAAAAUAAAGUGUCCCUUGAUCCGUACCGCAGGGAGAGCCGUAAAGUGAUCAAGAUAUUCCACGAAUGGUGCGACCUGGUGGAAAAGGGGAGCGUAGACGAGGUGUACAUGGAUUUGGGACGCAUUGUGUUUUCUGAUUUACUUUUCAGUGAUGAGUUUGACGACUUCGUUUCCAUUCGCGAUCAGUUCAAAAAUGGUCAGUAUGAUCUAGAUGAUUAUUUACCACCUCUACCGCGAAAUUUGACCAUCUCAUUCAAAGACGGGGAAGACUACAAUCCUGAUAAAAAUCCGGUCUUUCAGGACUGGGAUGAUAUUCUUUUCUGCUUGGGUGCGAUGACUACAGACAAAAUCCGCCAAAAGAUAAAAGACGUUCUAGGUUACACAACUUCUUGCGGCGUGGCACGUACCAAAACAACAGCGAAAUUGGGAUCAAACUUCAAAAAACCUGACGCUCAGACCGUUAUCAGGAACAGUAACGUUGCUGAUUACCUUGAUAACGAAAGCUUCGAGCUUACGUCAUUCUGGAGUAUGGGUGGUAUAAUCGGCAAGGAACUUUCGCUUCUACUAGAGCUCCCGAGUGAAAAACCUUUGCGGCACAUAAGGGAGUCAUGGCCUGUUUCUAGUGAUGACUUGACAGCCUUCAUCAAAGAAAAGACACAACAGAAAACCACUGAUAACGAGAGAUUUUAUAGUCUCCCCGCUGAAAGUCUUCAACAGCUAAGCGACAAAGUCUUUCAACUGGCUCGUGGAGACUACAGAACGACUCUCAACCCGCGACCGAUGAUCCGGUCGAUGAUGUCUAACAAAAAUUUACGCGGAGAUUCUUGUCGACACUACCAAGACUGUCUGGCGUGGCUAGAGGUAUUUAGCGGAGAAUUAAUCGGAAGAAUUAAGGAACUAGAGCAGGAAUACGAACGGAUUUUUGUGCCCAAAACACUCACAAUUUCAACAAGAACACCUGGAUUUCAAAGACACAGCAGAAGUUCAGGUAUAGCUACUGGGGGUAGGAUCAAGGCCAAAGAUUUAAUGGAGUUGGGUACAAAAUUGGUAAAAGAGUUGGAUGCCAAAUACGGUUCCACUAAAGACUACUACCCUCUAACCAAUAUCAACAUGGUUAUAUCUAAUUUCGAGAUAUUGGAAUCAGGAAGAACGAUAAUCGAUAUGUUUGGAAAACAAGCGCAAGUGGUCCGUAAGAGUGGUGACGACUUCCUCGAGGUAACGGACGAACGUCUCCAACCUGAUGAAAGUGGUACCAAGAGAGUAUUACGGUGCGAGCCGUGUAAACUAGACUUUGAUGAAGAGACUGCUUUCAAGGAGCACAGUGACUUUCACUACGCUAUGAAACUAUCCGAGAGUCUGAAUGGGGUGAACGAAGAUUCCAAGAAUCUUUCCUACGGCGAACGAAAGCUGCUGUUCUCAGGGUUGAAACGGAAUAACUCUGGACCGAAGCAAAGUGACAACAAGAAACGUCAAAUCACCGGAAGAAAUGGCGACAUCUAUAAGUAUUUCAACAAAUAG